AAUGAACAGUUUGGCCCGAGGGCCGAGGCCCUGCGUCUCCACCCUGUGUCGUUGCCUGGAAAACGCGACAGUGCGACAGCAGUGUCAAGCUCGCAACAACAACAAGAACAACGAUAACAGCAACAAGCAGAAGAUCAGCAACACUGGCUGCAGCACAUUGAAAAGUACGUUCCUAGGCACUAUUGGUAGUACUUUGGGCCCGCACAGUGCGGCCGCCCGAUCGUUUGCGUCUGCAUGGAGUCAAUGAGACGUAACGAGGCAAACACUAGCCACCACCCGAAUAAGGUGGCCCUGAAUAGCAGCAACGUAGCAACGGAAAGCAAUAUUAAGAAUAAAUUGUUAGCUAAUUUAAGUGCGGCAAACGCAACAACAGUAGCAGCAGCAGCAGCAGCAGGAACAGCGGCUACAGUAACAACAACAGGAGCAGCAGCAACGACAACGGUAGCCACAAACCAAGCAUUGAAUUUCAAUAACAAAGUGAAGGCAACAACAGCAACGAAUAAUUUGCAAGGCAACAGUGCGAUUAAGAAGCAUACGAAAUUGAUUGGCGCUAGCAAAACAAACGCCGCAAAUACAACGACAACAAACAACUCAACGGCGUCGGCGAGCAGCAGCAGCUCAUCUAAUUCAAGUGAAUCAAAGGAUACUAACUUUGAGUACGAGGACGAGUGGAAUAUUGGCGGCAUACCAGAGCUGCUGGACGAUCUAGACGCUGACAUUGAAAAGUCGGCGGCGCAUUCGGGUGGUGGCAACCAAACGACAGCAACACCAGCACCAACAACAGCAGCAACAACAGCGACGACGACGACAACGCUAAAUGCUAAACAAGCAAACAGCACAGCAGCAGCAACAUCAUCAUCAUCAUCAUCGACAACAGCUGCAGGAGCAGGAGCAGCUCACAAAUCGCACAAGACCACAUUGCAUAGCAAUUUGUCGGCCACAUCGCCAACCACAAUUAAGUUCACACGCCAGCCCAUUGCCAGCGGCAGCGCCAACGCAACGCCAGCAGCGGCAACAGCAACUGGCAGCAGCAGCAGCUCAGCUGUGUUGUCCAACAGUAAAAGUUCGUCCUCCUCGUCCGCGGGCAAGCAUCAUCAUCACCAUCACCACCAUCAUCAUCAUCAUCAUAGCACAGCUGGUAAGGGCUACAAAUCUGCAUUAGUCGCACAAUUGACUAGCCCUGGUCUCAAUCACAACAACAACAACAACAACAAUCAACAGCAGAAUAAAAACAGCAGCAACAGCGGCGGUAGCAGCAGCAGCAGCAGCAGCAACAGCGCAGCCAACGCAGGCACAACCGGCAGCACAUUGUCAUCCUCGACAUUUGCCGGCUUCUCCAAAGGCGGCAACUUGGUGUCCUCCUGCGUCAGCCAGUCUUCCUCCACAACAGGCAGCAUCAGCAGCGGCGGCAGUGGUCAACAGCAAGCCAAACUUUCCGCUGGCGGCAUGUCCUCGCAAACAGGCAGCGGCAGCGGCAGCAACACUAGCAACAACAGCAGCAGCAACAACAACAGUAGCAGCAGCGGCAGCAGCAGCAGCAAUAAUAACAGCAGCAGCAUAAACAGCAACACAAUUGGUGGCGCCACAGUUGGUGGGCAAAGUUCGCAAAGCGGCAGCGGUAAAUCGAGCGCAAAAAUGUCCAUUGAUCAUCAGGCAACGCUCGAUAAAGGACUCAAAAUGAAGAUCAAACGCACCAAGCCUGGCACAAAGAGCUCCGAGGCCAAACACGAAAUAGUCAAGGCCACAGAUCAACAGCAGCAACAGCAGAACGGUGCAUUGGGCAACAGCAGCUCCAACAGCAACAGCCAGCAGGAGGACGGCGGCAGCAGCAGCACCAGCAGCAGCAGCGGCGGCGGCGGUGGCAUGAGCAACAGCAGCGGCAGCGGCAAUGCGAAUCCGUCUUCCUUAAGCAACAACUCGAGCGGCAGCAACAACUCGGGCAGCGGCAACUCUUCCGGCUCUAGCAGCAGCAGCAGCAGCAGCAAAAAGCAUCUCAACAAUUCCAGCAGCGGCGGCAACAACAACAGCAGCAGCAACAGCGGCGGCGGCGGCACCAAUCCAAACAAUUCACACGGCAGCAACAGCGGCAGCAGCAGCAGCAACAACAAUGCACAGUCAACGCCGCAGGGCAACAAGCGCGGCAGCUCUGGGCAUAGGCGCGAGAAGACCAAGGACAAGAACGCACAUUCCAAUCGCCUCAGCGUGGACAAAUCAGCUGCAUCGGCAGCUGGCGAAAAGGACACGCCCGAGAAGAACGCCAGCAACAACAAUAACAACAGCAGCAACAACAACAACAGCAGCAGCAACAAUUGUCAGUGCAACGGCGAUGUUGCUGGCGCCGGCUCGGCGCCACCCUGCUCGCAUCACGCCUGCAUACGACGCAUGAGCAACAGCAGCGGCAGCAACAGCUCGAGCGCAACGGCUGUGCCGCCGGGCGUAUUCACGCCCUCGGCUGGCUCCCCGGCAGCUGUUGUCUCGGCGGCUGCCUCGCUGCUGGCUGCAACGACGGCGGCAACCAGUGCCUCGCAAGCAGCAACAGGCAAUGCUGGCGGCGGCAGCAGCAUAAAUGCAGGUGCCGCCAAUGCGCCUGGGCCGCCGGGCAAGGAUGCCAGCAUUAAAAUCUCCUCACACAUUGCCGCACAGCUGGCCGCAGCGGCUGCCUCGAGCGGCAGCAACAGCAGCAACGCCAACAGCAGCAGCAACAGCAACAACAGCAGCAGCUACGCGGGCAGCCAGAAUAGCAAGGCGGCCAGCCUGGCACAGGCCAAACUGAUGGCUCCGGGCAUGAUCUCAGCCACCAUGCACCACACGAUUUCGGUGCCCGCGGGCAGCGCUGGCACCGGUGGCGCCGGCGAUGAGGAGAGCAAAUCUCCGCCAGCUAAACGUGCCAAGCAUAGCGAUAACAGCAAAGAUAUGGUCGAUAUAUGCAUUGGCACAUCCGUUGGCACCAUCACCGAGCCGGAUUGCCUCGGACCCUGCGAGCCGGGCACCUCGGUCACCCUCGAGGGCAUCGUUUGGCACGAGACCGAGGGCGGUGUCCUCGUUGUGAAUGUUACGUGGCGCGGCAAGACCUAUGUGGGCACUCUGCUCGAUUGCACCCGACACGAUUGGGCUCCUCCAAGAUUCUGUGAUUCACCAACUGAAGAAUUAGAUUCUCGAACUCCAAAGGGACGCGGCAAGCGCGGACGCAGCGCAGGUUUAACGCCCGAUCUGAGCAACUUUACCGAAACCAGAAGCUCGAUCUACUUCUCGCAUGCCCAGGUGCACUCGAAGCUGCGCAAUGGCGCCACCAAGGGACGCGGCGCGACACGCAGCGCUUCCGGGAACGCAACAAACAGCAGCAGCAGCUCCUCGGGCAAUGGCGGCAGCGGCGGAGGUGGUGGUGGCAAUGGUGGUGCCACGCCCAGCACUUCACCCACAGCAUUUUUGCCGCCGCGGCCGGAGAAGCGCAAGUCGAAGGAUGAGGCGCCCUCGCCACUGAACGGCGAUGCCGCCGAUGGCGCUGGGGGCAUGGUGAGCAUGGUGAAUGCCAGCGGCAUACCCAUCUCGGCCAGCGGCGGUGGCCUGGCCACCCAGCCGCAGAGCCUGCUCAAUCCAGUGACCGGACUCAAUGUGCAAAUCAACACAAAGAAAUGUAAGACUGCCUCGCCCUGCGCGAUCUCACCGGUGCUGCUCGAGUGCCCCGAGCAGGACUGCAGCAAGAAGUACAAGCAUGCCAACGGGCUGCGCUAUCAUCAGUCGCACGCGCACGGCGCCAGCAGCAGUAGCAGCGGCGGCGGCGGUGUUAGCUCCAUGGACGAGGAUUCCAUGCAGGCGCCCGAGGAGCCAGCAACUCCGCCAUCCCCGUUGCCAGCAACAGCUGCAACAGCAGCAACAGUUGCAGGUGGUGCAGCGGCAACAGCAGCAGCAGCCACAGCAACCGCAGCAGCAGCACCACCAGCAACUACAGCCGUGUCGCCCGCAGCCAGCUGCGCAGCCUUGGCCAAUGGCAGCACAUCAGUCCCAACCGCCAAGGCAACGCCUGCUGCUGCGCCAGAUUCCAGCAACGCAGCAGCCAACAGUGCAAUGAGUACGGCUGCCGGCACAGCAGUGGCGGCCACAGAUGUGGCGGCCGCUGUUGCUGCGGCACCCUUGGCCGUGCUGCCGCUGGUGGUUGCGGCGGCAGCAGCGCAACAAGCGCCGCCCGCAACGCCCACCCAGGCGCAACCACAGGCGCUACUGGCGCCAGGCAACAUGCCCGGCAAUCAGCCAAUUGCUGGCGGCAGCAUCACCGCCGGCAUCUCUACACAGGCGCUGUCCCAGCACCAGCAACAGCUGCUGGGCGGCCUCGUCGGCGCCGGAUUGCCGGCCAUGCUGUCCGAGCAGCAGCAGCAGGCGCUGCUACAGCAGGGUGCAUUAAAAGCUGGUGUAUUGCGCUUUGGCCCACCGGAUGCGGCGGCCCUGCAGCAGCAACAGCAGCAGCCACCUGGUGUAAACACACAACAGUCGCCGCCUGGACAAAGUCCACUGCGUCCGCCCAGCCUGGCACAGGAUGUACAACAGCCGCCCGCCGGCUAUGUGGGACAGCAGCAACAGCAGCCGCCGCCGGGCUUAAAGAGCACGCCCGGAUUUGGUUCCGCCUCAGUGGGCGCCGGUAGCAAACCGAAGAAGAACCGCAAGUCGCCCGGUCCGGGCGAUUUCGAUGGCGGCGUUUCGCGCGAGGAUGUGCAGAGUCCAGCGUACAGUGAUAUAUCGGAUGACUCCACGCCCGUUGCAGAGCAGGAGCUACUGGACAAGUCGCAGCCGGGCAAGCACAUUGAGCUGCUUGCCAAGAAGCCCAGCGAGGUGGGCGUGCCGGCAGCGCCCACGCCCAAUAUACCACCCUCCCUAGCCGGUUAUGGCAUGUACCAGUUCUACCCAGCGCAACAACAACAACAGCCGCCGCCGCUGCCACAGCAGCCCCAGCCGCAGUACAUGGUGCAACCCGGUCCGGAUGCACUGCAGCCGGGUAAACCGUCGCUGCAGCAGCCGGGGGCACCGCCAGCUACCUCACAGACGCCACAGUCGCAUCUGCUGGCGCCGCCCACACAGCAGGCCGUUGCCCAUCUCGCCGAUUACAGCAACAAGAACAAGGAGCCGCCGCUGGAUCUGAUGACAAAGCCGCCGUCGCAGGCGAGCGUACAGCAGCAGCUGCAGCAACAGCAGCAGCAGCAGCCCGAGAACAAUGGCAAGGAUACGGGUCCGCCCACAUCGCAGCCGACUCAGGUGCAGCCGCCGCCGGUCAAUCUCAGCGCUGUGACUGGACCGCCGCCGGGCGCUCUGCCGCCAGGCAUAGCCGGUCUGGGCGGACUAACGCCCGCCAAGACCCUGGGUCACUUCUAUCCCUACAAUUUCAUGCCGCCGGGCUAUCCAUACAGCGUGGAUCCCAACUUUGGACCCGUUUCAAUUGUGGCCUCCGAGGAGGCGGCCAAGCUGGGCGGGCAUCCCGGCCUGCAGGCCAGCGCACAGGCGCAGGCACAACAGCAACAACAACAACAGCAGCAGCAACAGCUCUCCGGCAUCAGCAUUAAGGAGGAACGCAUCAAGGAGAGUCCCAGCCCGCAUGAGAAUCCCAAGCAUAUGCCGCCACAGCAGCAGCUGCUGGCCAACAAGCUGAUCAAACAGGAGCCGCUGAUCAAGCAGGAGAUCAAGCAGGAACCCAACAGCAAUAUGGGUCAGCAGCCGCCGCCGCCGCAGCAUCAGCAACAACAGCAGCAGCAGCCGCCGCCGCAGCCGCAACAACCACACGCUUUGCAUCCAAAAGAUCUGCAGGCGCUGAGCGCUUAUCAUCCAAGCAUCUAUCAACGCCAUUCCAUGAGCUUGGCGGCAGCGCGCGAGGAUGAGCUGCGACGCUACUACAUGUUCUCGGAUCAGCAGCGGCGUCAGAAUGCUGCAGCCGUGGCUGCGGCACAGAGUGCAUCCGGCAUGCAGCCACAUCCCGGCAUGCCGCCCCAGCAUAAGGAUGAGUCCAGCCUCAGCGCGCAACAGCAGCAGCAGCAGCAACAACAGCAGCAGCAGCAGCUUUCGCUUGCACAGCAUCAGCAGCAGGCGCUGCAGCAGCAUCAUCAGCAUAUGCAACAACAACAGCAGCAGCACCAGCAACAACAGCAGCAGCAUCAACAGCAGCAGCAGCAGCAACAGCAGCAGCAACAACAGCAGCAGCAGCAGCAGCAGCAGCAACAACAACAACAGCAGCAUCAACAACAGCAGCAGCAACAACAACAGAAGCUUAAGCAAUCGCAGGCAGCCAGCGCCGCGGCCAAUAACAAAGCCACCAACCUGACCAAGGAGUCGCCCAAGCAAAAGGGCGCAAGCAGCUCCGCCGACGAUGAUCAGCAGCAGCAGCAGCUGAAGGUCAAACAGGAGGGCCAGAAGCCCACCAUGGAAACGCAGGGUCCGCCGCCGCCUCCCACUUCACAAUAUUUUCUGCAUCCCUCGUACAUUUCGCCUACACCGUUCGGCUUUGAUCCCAACCAUCCCAUGUACCGCAAUGUGUUAAUGUCUGCCGCCGGGCCGUAUAAUGCGCCGCCGUAUCAUUUGCCCAUAACGCGCUAUCAUGCGCCUGAGGAUCUGUCGCGCAAUACGGGCACCAAGGCGCUGGACGCACUGCAUCACGCGGCCAGCCAAUAUUAUACCACGCACAAAAUCCAUGAGCUAAGCGAACGCGCACUCAAAUCUCCAACCAGCGCUAGCGGUCCGGUCAAGGUGAGCGUCAGCAGUCCCAGCCUGGGACCACCGCAGCCCGGUGGCGGGCCUGGCAACAGUGGACCCGGCUCUGGACCCAAUGUGCUGGGAGGCAAUGGUCCCAAUCAGCAGGGCUCAACGCCGGGCGGUGCAGGCGGUGUACCGCUGAAUCUGCAACCACCGCCGGGCAGCCUGGGCGGCCCGCCGCCAAAUAAACCCGAAAUGGCUGGCCAAAAAUCACAUGGCGCGGCGCCAGGCGGUGCGCUCGAUGCGCAUAAACAGCCGCUGCCCGGCGCACCGCCCAUCGGCGCUGGCCCGGCCGGCAAUGGAGCUGUAGGUGUGGUCGGCGGUGCUGGCAAUGGCGCUGCUGGUGGUGCCGGUGCCGCCGAUUCGCGCAGCCCGCCGCCGCAGCGGCAUGUGCACACACACCAUCACACACACGUAGGCCUCGGCUAUCCCAUGUACCCAGCGCCCUAUGGAGCGGCCGUCUUGGCCAGCCAACAAGCGGCUGCAGUAGCUGUGAUAAAUCCAUUUCCGCCGGGACCGUCAAAAUGAGAACCACUGAAUGGCAGCAACGAGAAGAAGGCCUACAAUGUGAAAAACAACUAGCGGGGAAUGGGAACGGGCACGGGUUCGAGCAGGGACACGCGAACGUGAGAUGGAUCGGAAUUGGAAUUGGCAUCGAAAGGGAAUGCGUAACUGGAAGAGGCAGUGGUUGAUAAAUACCCAAUUGCAUUUGCUAUUAGCCCUGGGCGAGCACACAUUAAGCAUAUAUAGCAUAUAUAUAAUAUUUUUACAAUGUUACAACAAAAAAAACAACAAC